AUGGCGACGCUCAUGGCGUCCUCCUCGUCAAUCAGUGGUAUGUUCGACAACGGCUACCAGCGGCGCAGCAGCAGCCGGGGGCAGGGCCCGGCAGGACGGGGGCACAGUCGGGGCGAGCAUCACCAUCACCACAGCCACCACCACCGCUACACCGGGCAUCACCACCACCGGCACUACUGCCAAACCCACUACUACCACCACCGGUCCCGUACGGUCGGGCAGUCAGGCGGCCAGCGGAGCGGCUCCCGGGUCCAGCAUGUCGCCGUCGAUGGACGCCCGACGGCGGCGGAGGCGGCGCCGGGUCCGGGGCCGACCGCGGCCAACCCCGCGGUCAUCAUCGCGAACCCUCCCCGACCGCCGGCGGCGGUGGCCACCUUCACGACCCUCGGGACAGCAGCCGGCAAUAGCGGAGGUGGCGGGGGCGGCCGCCGGUGCACGUUCGCCCCGGUCGGAUCCGACACCACCAUGCCUCACCGUGCCGCCUCCCGCAGCCACCAGCAGCUGCGGCGUCAGCAGACCUCCUUCGAGCUGCUCGAACAGCGGCGUUACCGGCUCGAACGGACGCUUGGAUCACCGCCGCCCGCAAACCCGACGGUGGCGCGUCACCGCUCCUUCGCCGACUAG